AUGCUGUUUACUCCACUCGUUACGUUAACAACAUUUCUGGGCAUUGCUCAUGCCGUACCAUAUGGUGAUGGGUACGGCUCGCCUGCUCACUCGCCUUCCACCUCACGCUCUUCUUCCAUGUUGAGUUCUGCGGCCCCGAAGACUAUUAUGACGACUUCCACCACUACAGUAACGCUUCCCGGCAAGACUGUGACAAGCCAAGCCUAUUGCUCAGCGCCUGCCAAAACCGUGUCAAUUCUCGGUACCAAGACAGUUACGACUUCAGCCAUGUGUCAGCCUACGACGAAGACUAUUACUGGAACUGUGUUGACGUUGACAAAAACGUCCACCUUGAUUGGCGCCAUCUCCACCAUUACUUCUACCAUUCGUGGCGCCACCUCAACCAUUACUUCCACCGUCCUGGGUGCAAAUGCAACAGUCACAAUGACUCAAACAACCCAAGGAGUCAACUCAACAAUAACAACUACCCAGAUCUCUACAUCUAUCCUGCCAGUACAAACUUUGACUCAAAACUUCACAACCACCGCCCCAGCCGUCACUCAGAAUUUCACCACGACAGCCACCCUGCCUGCAGAAACUUUGACUCAAAACUUCACGAUCACCGCCCCAGCCGUCACUCAAAACUUCACCGCUACGGCAACCCUGCCUGUGCAAACUCUCACUCAAAGCCUUACGACUACUAUUCCUGCUGUGACUCAGAACGUUACAAUAACUGCUGUCACGACACAGACUUUGACUUCAACAACUACCGUAAUUCCGGCGUGUGCAUCAGCCACUACAGUGCCUCUCAAAACAUGGCUAGCCCUUGGUUCUGGUGGGGCAGAUGUUUAUGCCGAUCCCGACAUACUUGAUGUGCUGGCCAUCAAUGUUUCGCCCAACGAACCUCAACGCUUUGUGCACGCCAUAGCAGUCUGCCCAGGUGCCAAGUAUAGUCUACAGGUUACCGCACGGCGAGCGUAUGCUCUGGCAGGCGAUGCUAGCAUAAGGUUGAUUGCCGAGGGUGCUAAGAUCCAAGAAGGCCCAUUAUCUAGUACGCCUGCCGAGUUUGUUGGAACUUUUGUUCCUGGAAAUUCAACGACAACAGUCAUAGUAGAGUUUGUAUUUUCAAACGGUGGAGGCGAGGCACAAGAAGCAAUCGCAACUGCAUUUUCGUUAACGAGGGUAGGUGCUUAAACUCUGUAAAGUACAACACAAACACAUGUUGGCGCUGGCGUCUUGUUACUUUUUGAAGAAUCUUCGGUUUGUUGAUUAUUCU